AUGGGGCCGAUAUCUGAUGAUGAACCACAGAGAAGCAGGACCAAAUGCCACGGUGAACCAGCGGCACGAACCGGGCAGUUGUCAGAGUUGCAGAGUCAAGUAUGGCCGGUAGUGCAGUCACACCAAGAGGAGGGAGAUCCGGUUCCCUGGGCAGACAUUGCCUGGGCAAACAGGAGUGGGGAGCAGAAGACUGAGCGACACCCCGGUUGCAAACGACACCCCGGUUGCAAACGACACCCCGGUUGCGAGAUGUUCUUGCCCGCAUGCCGCUGGAGUCUGUCGCUGUCGAGCUUUUCCAGCUGGGACGCGACCGCUGACACGGACCUAAGAGCUUUCGUGGGGACUAUGAUGCAUUUAUGUAUCGAAGAAGACCGGACGGCGGCAGAGCGUUACGGAAAAGAGUGGAUGGAUCGGGAAGGGAUAAUGUCGGAGGAAGGUAAGCGAGAGGUAGCCGAGCAUGCGGUGAAUUGGAUCAACCUAGACACGCUGAAAGAAUGUUGCGGCAGGAACGCGCUAAACUUUGAUCUCUGUUGGUGGCAACUUAGCUGGCGUGAUGAAAGAGCAGUUCUGUAG